AGGCGUAAAAUUGAAAAUAAUCCAUUCACGUUCGGUACUGAUGCAGCGACCAUAAAUUGCUAGUAUGAUCCUACAGACUCAAAUGAUGAUGGAUUAAAAACGUGAAGACUUACCAGCAUGCAAGGAAGCGUCACAAGAUCCAUAUCGUUCUCACGGACUGCCCACGAUCAAAAGCAUGCGAUGCAAGUCCGUGUGCUCCGCGCGUUGUCGUCGAUGCACCCUGUACGCAUGCAGCAUGCCAGGCACAGGAGCAUGACCCGCGUUCUCCGCCUCGCACUAAGGCCGACGCCUUCCUCUCUUGGAUCGUCGCGCGGUUCCCCUUCCUGUUUCCACCUCCGCCCGCGUCGAGCGAGGGACACACCGCCUCCGGCCGCGCGGCACGAUCUCCGUUCCCCAACAUGAGCACGACAGAGGAUGAGAGGUCCGGCGCCGCCGCAGAAGCGGGAGGAGGGGAGGAGGAGAGACGGGAGAGGAGCGUCGGCCUGAUGGCCGGCCUCGUGGACAGGGCCAAGGGCUUCGUGGUGGAGAAGGUGGCGCAGAUUCCCAAGCCCGAGGCGGCGCUGGAUCGAGUCUCCUUCCAGAGCAUAAGCCGCGAGGGCGUCGAGCUGCACAGCCACGUCGACGUUAGCAACCCCUACUCGCACCGCAUCCCCAUCUGCGAGAUCACCUACACCUUCAAGAGCGCCGGCAAGGUGAUAGCGUCGGGCAUGAUGCCCGACCCCGGGUGGAUCGCGGCGAGCGGUAGCACCAAGCUGGAGCUACCGGUGAAGGUGCCGUACGACUUCAUCCUGACGCUGAUGAAGGAUCUGGGAGGGGACUGGGACAUCGACUACCUGCUGGAGGUAGGGCUCACCAUCGACCUCCCCGUCAUCGGCGCCUUCACUAUCCCGCUCACCACCGAGGGCGAGAUCAAGCUCCCCACCUUCCGAGACUUACUGUUCUAGGCAAUCGGCAAAUGAAAUGAUUUAUUAUCCAUAUCAAAAUCAGUGCUCUAUCAAAGCAAUGAUGGUCGAUUAGCAAUAUUUGGGUUUCUAUAUAACUGUUCAGGGAUUUAAAACAAUCUCACACCGGUGUGAAAAUAGAUGACUUGACAGUCAAAAAAAUAAUAAUGCCAUGAGGCACAUGCAUGGCCGUGUGUGGGUGAUUGGAAUUUGGAAUGAUAUAAUACAAGAUCAAUAGAAGUA